AUGCUGGUGGUGGGGUCGCUUAUCUUUUGCACACACUGUGGUAACCUAUUGGACGCCCAAACCGAGGGUGAUUCCGACAUUCGUUGUGGGUUGUGCACCGCCACUUACCCCAAGAAGAAAUUCUCCGACUUGAAGGUGGUGACAUCGCUGAGCGACGAUGCCUUCCCCUCCAGAAUCAAGAUGAACCGGCUGGCGGUGAAGACCACGUUGAACAAGGACGAGAUGGACGAAGGGGCUACCAUCAAGGAGAAGUGUCCCAAAUGUGGCAACGAGGAAAUGCAAUACCACACGUUACAGCUUAGAUCGGCAGAUGAAGGGGCCACGGUGUUUUACACCUGUACUCUGUGUGGGUACCGCUUCCGGACCAAUAACUGA